UCAUGUUUAAUGCAGAGGCUGGCAAAGAAUUCCAGGCCAAAGAAAGAAUAUACAAAGGUCAACUCAAGAGAUGUUUAUCAUCAAAAUUGUCUGCAGACCUUGGCAGGUUGCUGCAGGAGGAGCUGGAAGCAGAUGUUUGUCUUUGUGCUGGGUCCAGUUCACUAAGGGUGCACAGGGCCUUACUUUUAGCCAGAGCCCCACACAUCCUCAAGGGGGCUCAUAAAGACCAUGGCACCAUCCACUUACCUGGUUAUAAAAGCACAGAGCUCAAAGACUUAAUCAGGCGAGUGUACACCGCAGAUGAGCGCAUGUACUCGCCUGGAUUAAUCCCAGAUGCUGAGAGCUGCACGUCGCCCUGUAAACCGUCUGUUCCCCAACCAGCAGACCUUCAUAUUUCCACUGACUUAGACACUGUUGUCCUGGAGUCGGCCUCUGGGCUUGGAGCAGACUUGUUGGAGCUGUACCAGAGAGGAGAGCAGUGUGAUAUCACUAUCCAAGUGGGGGAGCAGGCCUUCUCCUGUCAUAGGGCGAUCUUGUGUGCACGAUCUCGGUAUUUCCGAGCCAUGCUGAGUGGGAGUUGGAUGGAGAGCUCCAGACAGUGCAUCACUCUACACGGGUAAGACUCUAGCUUGGGCCCGGAGGAGAUGGAGAUUCUGCUCCAAUUUAUGUAUGGCGCCAUAAUGGACUUGCCUCUCAGAGCCUGUGCUAGUCAGGUGGUGUUGGCUGCUGACAUGUUGGAUCUGGAGGGGCUUAAGGAUGUAGUGGAGAUGAUUUUGAUCAGAGACUACUGCCGCUUCUUCCCCAAGCCAGUCGAUGGAGUACAGAAGACUAUCCUAGAGUGCCUAUCCAUUACCCAUGCCCUCAGCUUUAAAAGCCUCCACAUGAUGUGCAUGAAGUGGGUUGCUGAACACUUUGUAAAGAGCUGGUCUGAGAAGAAUUUUUCCGUCCUGACCUGUGAUUUCCAAAGAGACUGUCUAAAAGCUGUGACUGCAGCCAUGACUGUCCAGAACAUGGUGACUGUGCUCUGUGGCAGUGAACAGCUGAUUGACAGUCUCCCUGAGGUAAAAUGGGCCAAACAGGUGAAGAGUUUAGCCAUAGAGCUGCAGGAAGAGAGCCUGCGUGUCAUUGUCCAACACCUCCCCAAGGUCAUUCACACGUACGCCUUCCACGAUCUACGUAAGAGGGAAGAGUUCACCAGAGAGCCCACACUGUUGAAGAAGCUGUGUUCAGCCAUCAGAGAAAAUGUGAAUGUGGACAACUGCUGUGAUCUCUUCAAUGCAGUGGACUCCCUGUGCGGGGAGGAGAAAUCUCCCCAGGAGGAUGGACUGCAAAGAGAAGAGGAGCCGUUCAGGCAGGAGAUUUGUACUCUCCGUACUCGGCUGUGGACCUUCCUGCUCCAGUCAUUCUACGCCGUCCGCCAUACACAGGGAUGGGAGACAUUACCAUCCAAACACCAAGAGAGGAUAUUGGCAGCUGCUCUUGAUAAAGGGGACAACCGAAGACUUGGUAAAAAACCCAUAUUUACAAGCUCACAGCCCAGGGCAGCAAAAUGUCCUUCAUCUGCUCCUGAAAGACCUCCUGUGCACAGGAUCCAGAGGACCUCCAAACAAGCAAAUCCUUCCCCUCACUGUGCUGAAUCAGCCAUGAAGUCUGAUGGACUGGGUACACCUACCAAACCAGGAGACGGUCAUGCAUCCAAGGCGAAGAAUGUGAAAACCAAGCCAGGAGAACGAAGUACAGCACUAAAAGCAAAGACUGCUCCCUCUGUCACACCAGUUGUCAAUGGUACAGGAGCCCCAGUCACCAGGCGGGACACAGCUACUGCCAAUGGGCCUAGAAGCUCCUCUGGAGUUAAGGAGCAGGAUAAAAAGCCUAAUCCAGGUGCCAGGCCCAAAACCUCUCCCCCAGGCUCCACAUCCACAAGCCAGGCCAAGCCAACGAAGGUUUCAAAAUGCUCAGUGGGAAAGGCAGACAGUAAUGCUUGUAGCACCCAGCCUCAGCCAAGCACCGCAUCCACAUCAGGCAACACCUCACCAGAAAACAGUGCUGGGAGCCCACACAACAGCAGCCAUUCCAUCCCAGGUGCCAAGACCAAACACCAAAUCAAGGUGGUUAACAAAUCUCCACUGACAAAACCUCAGAAAUCAGACUCAACAAAGACCAACAGCCCUACCAAUAGGCUAAGUGUGCGUGAGAGUGGCAAAGCCAAGUCAGAUGCAGGAGAGAAAAUAUCAAGUGUAAUGACAACACCCAGGGCAGACACAAAGGGAAGAAGUGCGUCAGUAGUAUGUUCAGGGGAAAGCCAAGCCUCCAGACAUGGAUCCUCCAUGAGAAAGCCUGCCUCCCCCAGGAAAGAAGAAAACAAGGAUGGGUUGAAAUCCUCAGCUGCAGAAAAAACAACCACUGAAGCGCCAAGGAAGAAGAUACCAAAAACUACUCCGUCAUCUGGAGCCACAGCAAAAUCUACUUCUAGACAAGCAAAAGCCUCUUCAGCCCCCUCCAAACAGUCUUCGCUGGCAGCUGCCAAACCAGGACAAAAGCUGAAAAGUACUACCGAACUAUCUGCAGAGAAAACUUCCCCAAAAUGUGGAGGAACUAUGAAAAGUUCUGCAGCUACUUCCUCAAAGAAACAAGGAACCAAAGGAAAAGAAAUUAUGAAUGAUAAAAAUCUGGACUGUAAAACUACACUUGUUUCAGCUGCUAAAGCUGCAGAAGAAAAAGAUAACUCUACCAGGCCAGCGUCAUUGGACCAAACCACAGCACAGGGGACCAAGCCACCAAGCCAAGGUGAUGCAGAUUCACUUAGCCUUCCCUUAAGUUCAAGUCCUAAGCAGAAUCUUCAAAUGACCACAACACAGCAAGGAGAAAACAGCACAGGAGUUGAGUCCACUAUUCCACAUACAAAUGACAAUAUUCCCAGUGACAAUUCUGUCAGUACGGAAACUUGCAAACAGACAGAUGGGAGUAAACGGAGACAGUCUCUAAGCUCUGCCAUUCCUGUCAGUGGAGGCCAGGUCCAUGAGCUGAGCACUCAAAAUGCCCAAAGAGACACUGAACUCCCCAUUGACACUCCCUGUAGCAUGGAGAGCACAGACACCCUGUUAGAGGACUCUUGGAGUGGCAUCCAUCAUCAGGUCAGUCCAGAAUCCGAGACCGGUAGCAACACAACUUCCUCUGAUGACAUCAAGCCCCGCUCAGAGGACUACGAUGCAGGGGGCUCCCAAGACGACGACUGCUCCAAUGAUCGUGGCGUGUCGAAAUGUGGCACCAUGCGCUGUCAUGACUUCCUAGGCCGCAGCAGCAGUGAUACAAGUACUCCAGAAGAGUUGAAGAUGUAUGAAGGCGGGACAGGGUUGAGGGUGGAGGUCCGGCUCCGGGGGCGAGAGGCAGAGACCACCAGUGAAGAGGAGGGAGUGAGAAGACGCCCUCAUUCUUGGCUACACAGAGACGAGAUCCCUGUGGACAAGGAGCCUUCAGAGGUUGAGGCAACUAUCACGGUAAAGAGUGUACCUGACCACCAGCUUUUCUCUUCUGAGGAGGAGGAAGAAGACGAGGAGGAGGAAGAGGAGACAGAGGACGAGAAGUCAGAAGUUGAGGUUAUACCGGGGCAGGGCCCUCUGCCACCCACUGAGCCCUUACCCCACUUUCAGGGAAUUAUCAACCUGGCUUUUGAUGAUGAUGGUGGGGAUCAGGAGAACGAGCAGCCUGACUAUCAGUCAAGCUCAAACUUCCGCCGCUCGGUCCUUCUAUCUGUUGAUGAGUGUGAAGAGUUGGGCUCAGAGGAGGGCGGCAUCCAAACUCCACCACAACACUCUAAUGACGUCGUGACGCCUUGUGAUGUUUUUGAAAGUGACUCUAUAGCUCCUCAGCACAAUUCUGUGCCUCCCAUAGAGCAACAGAAUCACCUGUUGGAUCACCUUAAGAGCACGACUCUUCAGGACAAACAACACAGCAGUGAACAGGAAUUAAAAACCAAUGUAUUCCUCACAGAGAUCCAGGUGUCUUUAGGGAAGGAGUGCAGUGUUAAUCAGGUGGAUGAAAAAGAGUCCAGUGGCCCACCCACAGACCUUGACACUAGAGACCUCCCUCCCCAAGAGCGGCCAUGCCAUCUGGACCUCAGACACACUGAGCAGUACAGCAACGGAGGGCUACGCAAGAACACCUCCAAGCCCUCAAACAGCAAGAGAGCUGAUUUACAUCUAGACUUAAAUGAGCCUCAGCUGACAGGGGAAUCCCCUGUACAUGCUGCACAAUCCCCGUCAGGGGACAUUGGUUGUGACAGAUUGGAUCAAUCCUGCAAACAUGACCGGCGACCAUCCAAAGCCUUGUCUCCCAUUUACGAGAUGGAUGUGGGUGAAGCCUUUGAGCCCUGCUUGGACAAGGACAGGAGUAAUGUACUGCAGGGGGAGGAAGAAAAGCAGACAGGGAAUGAUGAUGAAAGCAAUGAGUUUGCAGAGCGGGACUGGAAUCUGCUCAGGCAGCUCCUCUCAGAACAGGAGUCCAGUCUGGGCAUCAUAAACCCUGUGCCUGAGGAGCUCAACCUGGCCCAGUACCUAAUAAAGCAGACACUGUCACUAUCACGUGACUGCUUGGAUACGCAAGCCUUCCUGUCUCGUGAGAAGGAAACCUUCAAACGUUGGGCGGAGCUCAUCUCGCCCAUGGAGGACUCCACCACCAGCAUCACUGUGACCAGCUUCUCGCCAGAAGAUGCAGCAUCUCCACAGGGAGAAUGGACGAUUGUGGAACUGGAAACACAUCACUGACAACACAAAGGCGAGCCUGCCAGGCAGUCGAUGCCUUUUCUAUGACUUUAAACGGCUUCUUCAGUGUUGUCUUAAGAAAUCUCUUUCUCUCUCCUCUUUUUCUGUCUCGCCCUCUCUCUCUCUCAGCUUCUGCAUUGCCGUUUUUCUAAAUUUCAGUUUUUGUCCUUCGCAGCUGCAGCUUAUUUGCAUUUCUCAUAUCUAUGCCCAAAUCGGACUGUCUAGGCACAAAUGGGCUGUUAUGCAUGUGGUUAUUUUUGUAUGUUUAACUGUUUAUUCCAUGUUGUUUCAAAGCUCUAGAAAAGAAGUAAAACACAUUUCUUUGUCGAGGCACUCUAUACAGUGUUUGACUGGAUUUCUGAAAGAAAAAGAAAAACAUGUUAGCCCCUCUUGGCUUGGGACAUAUUGAUGAUAAUAAAGCUUUGU